UCGCAAGGGGUGGGUCUUGGCAGCGCCGCCGUCGACAGCUUCUGAAGAAACCGCUGCCUCGCCUGGGUCCUUAUCCGUUUGGGUCAGCCCAAGAGGGAUAAAAGCCCGGCGGCUGGAUGGAGCUGCUCAGAGUGUUCUACAGCAGUUGCGCCAACAUGAGCUGCCUAGCCUUCCGCACGACCACCCUACUUGUCCUCUUCCUACUGCUGGCCGGGAGCGCCUUGCAGACCCAUGCAAGAGAAUUGCGUUGCAAGUGUGUGAAGGUUGUUUCCCAUAGAAUUUCCACUGGGUCCAUUGCUUCUGUGGAUUUCAUACCUGAGGGACCGCACUGCAUUAGACUUGAAGUCAUACUCACCAGGAAAGAUGGGAAACAAUUCUGCCUGAAUACGACAAUGCCAUGGGUUCAGAGGGUUGUCCAAAGAUUUACAAAGCGAAUUAGUAACCUGUGAUACAAACACUAUUGUUUGGCUGUGUAGCUGCAAGAAUAAACACUGCAACUGUGAAGAGAGAAAGAGAGAAGGAAGGAAGAAAAAAAAUUGACGGAAGACGACAACCCAAAGAUUUAAUUAUUCCUUUAGUGGUUCCAACUUUGUUGUAUUUAUUAUUCAAAUAUGUUAAUGUAUUUAUUGCUAUCUCUCUAUAUCAGUAUUUCUUGGUCAUAGCCAUAUUAAGAUGUGUGGACUUCAACUUACAGAGUUUCCAUACACUUAAAAUUCCAGUGCCACGCUUUUGUGAAUCUAAAUUUCUUCAUAUCAGAUAUAUGAAAGGAAUAGCAAAUAGCAUCGCCUGCAAUACUUGUUACUCCCCUCCGUCGUUUCUCUUUCUCUCUCUCUCUGUCUCUCUCUCUAACACACACACAGAGAGAGAUAUUUGAUUGCUUGAAAGGGACAGACACACAUCCCACAAUCUUUCAGAAUUAUCUGCCUUUUUGUCCUUUUCUCAAGCAGCAGCAACUGGGUAGAGCCCGGGGGGUGGGGGAGCUGAUUCCGAUGGAUCACAUGGCUUUCUGCCUCAUUGCCGGAAAUAUCUGGAGAGACAAAUUUCCCAGUCUUCGCUGGAUCAGCUGAUCUGCAGGCCGCAGUUAAGGGGCCAAGGUGACCGGGGAAGAGAAGGGCUGCCUCCUGGGCUGCCCACACCUACUCCCUUCACUAGGGCUUAUUUUGGGGGUAGGCCUUAUAUUGGGCCUACCCCAAAAAAAUCAGAAGGGCUUACUUUCGGGGUAGAUUGUAUUUUGGGGAAAACAUGGUAUUCAAUGCAAUCUACAUGAGAUAUUUAUAAUCCAUGACUUGUAGUCAUUUGUUUAGUGAUUGUUCAAAGUUAUAACCCUGAAAAAAGUUAUUUACAACUGAUCCUCACACUUAUGGCCAUUGCACCAUCCCUGUGGUCAUGUGAUCUGAAUGUAGGCACUUGGUAAGUGGCAUUUAUUUAUGACAAUUGCAACAUCCUGGGAUCAUAUGAUCACCAUUUGCAAUCUUUGCAGCUAAUUUCCAACAAGCUGGAUUCAUUUAAUGACCGCAUGAUUCACUAAACAGCUAUAGAGAUUUGUUUAAUCGUGGCAAAAAAGAUUAUAACUUUGGGCACUUAAUCAUUUAACAAUUGCCUUGCUUAGCAACAGAAAUUCUGGACCCAACUGUGGUCUUAAGUCAAGGACUACUUCUGUUACACAUUGAAACUAAUGAAUGUUGAUUGCCUUCUUGAAUGUAAUAAUAGGUUAUGAGCCAUAGUGGAAUUUAUUAAAAAAAAAGUGGGAUAUAAAACUAUUAAUACGGUAAUGCAUACCAAAAAGUAUAAGCAGAAAAGUACCCUAUACUUUCCCUGCCAGCCUUUUUGGACCCUAUUCAUUUCAAUGGAGCUUACUAAAGGCUAAAUAAGGGCGGGGUAUAAAUGUAAACAAAAAAAAAAUGCAACAGCCACAUAAAAGCAUUACCAUUGACUAAUACUUAUUUCAUAUUUCAUAAUCAUAAGUGGGUGGGUUUUUUUGAAAAUUUGAUGACUUUGUAUUUUCAGUGAAUGUUUUAGAAAGUGUUUCAAUAUGAAAAUUUAUGUGGAAAUGUUAAGCAAUGUUUUAAAACCACUUAAUAUUGUUUUUAGGUCUUUACUGCAUCUUGUAUUGCCAAAUUACUUUGAGGCUUGGUGGAUCUGUUGUUUCUGGAAUACUAAAAAAUAUAAUCUUCAAUGAAGCCACAAAGUACAAACUAAACAUUUAAAAGUAUGCAACCUGGGGCUGAUUUAUAUUUAUCACUUUGGUGCAUGAAAUUUAUAUCUGGUAAUUAAUUUAUCAAUGCUCAAUAGUCCAGUUUAGAAAUAUUAAUCAAUUAUCUACAUGAUAUUCUUUUUUAUAUUGCCUCUUGGACCAAGUGAAUCAUCAAGAUAAUAUGUGAUACAUUAUUAUUUUAUAUAUUACAAAUUUAAUGAAUUGAUAACAAGCUUUACAUCGAGGGGGGCUGUGUAGAGAGAGUCUCCUCCUUUAAAUUCCUGGGAGUCCAUCCCAGCGAAGACCUCACCUGGAAAAAUAACAUGAUCCAGGUUGCCAGGAAGGCUCAACAGAGACUCCAUUUCCUUAGGGUCUUGCAUAAAAACAAGGUGGAACAACAACUGAUGACCUUCUUUUACCAGUCCACAAUAGAAAGCGUUCCUCACUUAUUCCAUCAUGAUAUGGCAUGCCAGUUUGACAGCCGCGGAUAGAAAAACAUUACAGAGGGUGGUGAGCACAGCACAAAACAUUGUGGGCUGUCCCCUGAUACCACUAGAUGAGAUUGCUAGGGCUCACUGCUUUAGAAGAAUGAGAAAAAUCCUCAGGAACAACUCACACCCUGGUCAGCACUCCUUUACUGUCCUACCAUCUGGAAGGAGAUACAGAAGCAUAGCCAGCUGCACGAACAGGCUGAAGAACAGUUUUUAUCCAUGGGCUGUCAGAUUCCUGAAUGUGAAAUAACAUCAUAUCUACAUAGUAUGAUGGACUUGCAAGGCCGGUGCAAUGUGUAACAUGUUCACACUGGUGCAAUAGGACUGGGUGUCUGUUAAUAUGAUUUAUUGAGUUAGGGAUUUUCUGUCUUCACUGUGAGUUGUUUUGUGUUGGGGGGGGGUGCACUGAGGGAGUUCAACCAAUCUCAUUGUAAAUAUGUUGUGCACUGACUAAAAUUCAGAAAUCUAUAAUUUUUUAAAAAAUAGCUGCAGGUAAUGUAAAAUAAUUGAAUAUCAUGAUAGCAUGUCUUUUAAAA